AUGUCGACUUCCGAUAACUCACCUCACUCGCCGUCGAGUACCUUUGACUCAGGCACACCCAGUCUAACGUUCUCCUCGACUGAGUCCUCAGUGUCGGUGUCGUCAGCUGAGCCAGGCCCGAAUUUUGUGUUCUCUGCACUUGAGUACGAAUCGGAGUCUAAGUUUCUGCACUUUGUGAUUCAGAAACUCGACAUUUUGCAUCAGAAAAAGCUUAGCUCUCUAGAGCCCGGUCAUACGGUGUACCAGUUUACCCAUCUACCCAUUUCAUUAGGGGAGCUCCUCUUCACAGAAAUCGAUAAGCGGUUUCGACUACGGCAAACUUGGAACACAAACUCCAGAACCCUACGGGUUAAGAUGCCUGGGGAGGGUCAUGACUGCAUUCAACGAUGGUUGACGAAAUCCUGCUCGGGAUGGGUCGAAAGCGGCUUUAUUGACUGGGCUGAAUACAAAGAAAUCGAUACCGGCGUUGGGACAACCAUCAAAUUGCCCACCUCACCAUUCGCGAAAAGCUACAAGGAGCCCGACUUUUUCUUCCGUCCCAAGGACGAGGAAUUACUCCCCACCAUUGCAGUCGAGGUUGGCUGGUCGCAGUCCGCACCCGCCUUGAAAGAGGACAUGGAGCUCCUCCUAAGGGGGGGUGGCGGGGAUAUCGAUGUCGUGAUUCUUGUAAAUUGGAAAAUCCGACAGCAGGGAACCGUCGUCGCGGGCACAGUCGAGGCAUGGAGACUCGACCUAAAUGGUCAACCUACAAUGACACAGUCCGAGGAAAUCUUCCCCAUUCCGAACACAACUCAGACUCAAAGACUGGGAGUUACCCGCCGUGAGCUUUUCGGGUCUAUACUACGACCCGGUCGCAACCCGAAUGAGAUUCUAUACUUCGACAUAGACUUACUUCGCUCCGAAGCGAGCUACGCUUUUAGAUUGAUCAACCUCUCACCUGCUUGA